UGGUCAAGAAAAAAAAAACUGAUUAGCUGUUUUCCUCUUCUCCCACCAAGUACUAAAUUAUUAACAGUCGUUCAGUUAUGGCUACUAAUCGUGCAGGUAAGUUGUUAUUCACCAUUCCUCACUGUAUCUAUUAUUAGUGCACUGCCGUGUUCGGUGAUCGGUCAGCCUUAGGUACAUAAUGGCCAUAGCUAGUUGAAACGCAUUCUAUGGCUCCACCUCCUACAGCAAUGCACCCCUUCUGCCAUUUGUUUUAUAUGUGAGAACUUGGGCAUAUGUGCCAUGGCUAUGCAAGUCUAUGUACAUUUUCUGUUUGCCGUAACACAUCAUCAAGGGAAGGCCGGAUAUCAUUAGUUUCGUACCUACCGGUUGAUUGAUGGCGUGCACAAGGUUUGAACAGGUACAGUUCCCUCGUCUAUUGAUUCUUGGGUUUUAAAAAAUACAUCCUACCCAUGUACCGGUACCGGAGAAAUAAACUGUUGGGUGACUGACUAUCCCCGCCGGCCUCUUAAAGAACGUGAUGGAGACCUCUUAAGUCAACAGUGUGCGCCAUGAGAAAACGGGUUUUACUGCUCCACGGCGCUUGAUCCAUCAACUCGUGAUACGUGGAUAUUAUGGACGAUGGUUUGUAUUUUCGGAAGCGCAUAAAACAAAUGGUCGUUGAAACUCCCUGCAGGUCUCCUUAGCACUAGAGUAACAUGUUGAGCAGAAUGCACGUAUAGUAUCUAGAAAGUAUUCGUCAUGGCCGGAUGUAUGUUGCCGUACGAUCCAUUGGAACAUACCAACAUGUUCUCCAAAGCUGAAAGUGAGGAGAGUGACGAAGAAGACGGAACCGGAAAUGUGACGCGAAUGGUGAUGAGACCGCCCGGUCAUUCGGGUAAAGCGAAGAAAGGUCACCUUUGCCUCGACGCUUCAUUUGAAACAGGAAAUCUUGGUAGGGUCGAUUACAUAAGCGAGUUUGAGUACGAUCUGUACAUUCGCUCAGAUUCUUGCAAUCCUCGCCACCGAUUUUGGUUUAAUUUCACGAUUGACAAUGUCCGCCUCGAUCAGAGAGUCAUAUUGAAUAUCGUGAACUUCAGCCGAGAAUCUACAUUACUCAGCGCUGGUUUGACCCCGCUAAUUAAAUCCAUUACUCGACCUCACUGGGAGAGAAUGCCGACAACGCAAGUUUUUUAUCACCAGUCUCCGCACCACGGUAAUCGCUAUAUCUUGAGCUUGGCGCUCAACUUUGACGUUGAAGAGGAUGUCUAUCAAUUAGCCCUGACCUACCCAUACUCAUUUUCUCGUUUGCAAUUCUAUUUGGAUUUGGUUGACGAACAUUUCUCAUCUAUCGUCCAUCGUGAAACUAUUGGCAACAGCAUCCAAAAUCGACCUGUUGAUUUACUGACAAUCACUAAUCAAGCAACAGAUUGCGAUGAAGAGGCCAAACCUACCAGGAAAAAAACUGUUUUUGUUAUUUGUCGCUCUCAUCCGGGAGAAUCUCCGGCAUCGUAUGUUUGCCAAGGGUUGAUCGAUUUCCUCGUUAGUUCUGAACCUAUUGCUAGAGCACUUCGGGAAUUUGUCGAAUUCAAAAUCAUUCCUAUGAUAAAUCCGGACGGUGUAUUCAACGGCAACGAAAGGUCAUCCAUGGUUGGUGCAGACUUAAAUCGCGUUUGGAAUGAUUAUUCUGAAUUUUUCCAUCCCACCGUCAAGGCAGCGAUGGAUGCUAUUCGACACUUGGAUGAGCAACCGGAUUCGAAUUUGGAAUUUAUUUUGGAUUUGCAUGCUCAUCAUUCCUUGUUGGGUACUUUUCUGUACGGAAAUUCUUACGAUGAUUUCCUGAGGUUUGAGCGGCAUUUACUUUUCGGGAAAAUCUAUUCCCAGACGGUCGAAGAUUUCUGUAUGGGAAACUGUAUGUACAACAAGGAUAACUUAAAAGCAGGCACUGCACGGAGAUAUCUGAGUCACGCAGUAAAAGAGCAUGUCAACGUCUACAGCUUUUUUAUAUCAAUGAUGGGAUUUCAGUUACCCAACUCUACCGACAUUCACCUCUAUGACGAAGAAGGAUAUCAGCGCGCAGGAAGAAAUUUAGCAAGAGCCCUGUUUGAAUACUACAAAAUCGUUGGUCACAUUCCAGCGAGUUACAUACAAUCUCUUCAACCGGCACCCGGACGAAAGAAAACAAAAUACGAAGUUGCAUCCACUUACCGCAAUUUUCGUUCUGAAGGGAAACAAAUUGUAAAUCGGAUUGACGGAAAAGAAGGCGAUGAAGGAGAUGGCUCUGCGUUCGCUUCAUAUCGCCGGGCUAAUCGCUUAAUUCUCGAAAUUGAACCUUGUUUCGCCCAAAAUCCUUCCUUCCGACCUUUUCUACGCAAACCUGUCACAAUCCAGGUGAAGGACUCUAUGGAUUCAAGAUCUACCACGCCACUUUCUAAUGGUCAGUCGUCGUCCAGCGGCGGAAAUUCUGAUCCGAAAGUGCCAUCUAUUCCGAGUUUAUCAGUCAUAGAUUUUAGUAGCUUGACAAUGAGUCGGAAAGAAUUGCGACAGCUUCAUCGAAGAAACUCACCUUCUAUUUAGACUGGGAAUGAUUCUAUCUGUUCUCAGCGAAUGAUCGACGUAUGUAAGGUAAUAGUUUUGGCAUAGCUAUCUGUAUUCGAUUGUUCUUCUUAAACAAAUUACAAGUGAGCGAAAAAAAUAA